AUGAAGCGCAUUGAUGGAUACCUUCUGUUCUUGAAGCCUGAUCAGCAAGAUGGCGGCCAGGAUCAGAUGGUACAGGAGAAAUUCGCAGAUACAGAAAGCGACACGACAACGGAGCCUCACACGUCUGUCGGCCAAAAUACACCAGCCUCCGUGGUGACCCCACCGGCGUCCGAGCCCGAUGGCGAAACGGACCCCCUGUCCUUCCUGCAGCUGCCCACCAAGCCGAACCGCACCCUGAAGAUCCUGCGCUUCGACGACUCGCAACCGCAGUACACGCUCAAAGGUGGCCUGCUGGUGGUCACCACCGGCGACGUGCCGUGCGAGCGGCCCUCCUACUGGAGCCUCGCGCCGACCAGCCACAGGAUAAGGAUCCUGUUCCCGAUGGAGAUAAACGGCGGCCGCGUGUACAACCCGCCCGCGGUGCGGGUCGACGAGGCGCUGGCGAGCGGCCUCGGCCCCUUCGCUUGCUGGCUGCGUUCCAUCAUCCGGGGCGGCCCCGACCCGCCAGCCGCGGCUCCCCCCCCCACUGGCCCCCCCCCAUUGGCCCCCCCACUGGCCUCCCGACCGGCCGGGAUCAAGGUCAGGUCGUUCGCCAGGCUGCGCGAGGCGGAGACGGUCCAGACGCCGAUGGCGGCGCCGGAACGCGUCUGCGUCCGCCACCUCGUCUACCAGAAGGUGGGCGAUACGCCCCUCGCGUACGUCCAGAUACUCACCGUCGUCCCGGACUUCGUGGUCGCUCAGAGCCUGCUCUCGGCCAAAGAGCCCCUGUUCCUCGUCACGCAAUCGGGCAAGCUGCUGCCGAUGUCGGACGUCAUGCCGACCUUGCGGGAGGACUACUUCGUGCCGUUCGGGGGGUCGAGCGCCGGAUUCGACCCCGAGGGCUUGGGCCCCGAAGUGAUAGUGGCCACAAACGUCACACAGACCUCUGAACAGACCGACGCGAGUGAGUCAGCCGGCGCAGACCCGCCAAUAUCGCCCCAAGUGCUUAAAGCGGAAGACCAUUCACCGUGUUCCGCUGAACCCACC